AUGAAUUGCUUACUUGCUGUCUCAGUGCUUGUAGCUGUAGCUAUAGUUGAGGGUAGCUAUAACUUUGCUCCAAAGUACGGUAAGUUUGGAUAUGUUGCCGCCAAGGUAGCUGCUGGAAGCUGUCCUUAUGGAUGGAGUCUAUAUCACGGGAGCUGUUAUUAUUUCAGUAGAGACAGACUGACCUGGUGGCAAGCCUCUAUGAAAUGCGCUUCCAUGGGAGGUUUCUUGUGUAAUAUCGAUGCAGCGCACGAAAACACCUACGUCAGACAUCACCUAGCGAUGUAUGGAGUGUCCCCUGGAGCUUGGAUGGGACUGAAUGACUGUCUGUACCCUAACGCUCACAGAUGGAGUUGGGGAUUCACAAAUAAGCGAUGCCAUAAAUUUGAUUGGUAUGGUAACGAGCCCAUUUACCACAAAUCUGGCGACUGGAACUGUGGUGUCUUCUGGUCCAGUUAUAAAUACCACUGGCACGUGGACAGCUGUGCGCAAACGAAUUACUACGUCUGCGAAAUGAGACUGGGAAAACCUUGCAAAUGCCAAUACUAA